AUGGAGACCAAGCCAGCAGUGAAUGGCCACGCUGCCCCCGGCUCUUGCCAGGAUGACGUGUCAGGAGCCAACCACCCAGGCCAGGAUGUGCUGCCUUCCAAACACAGAAAAGCAAUGGUGAUGGAGGCUUCUAGCAAGCCCUCAGAGGCAGCUGGCAGUAUUUCUGGAGUCUACAUAGAGGCUUCAAAGAAGAUAAUGAGCUUUUAUGAUGCCACCAGAGAGCACCUCCUGAGUCUGGAUUCAGCACUCUGCCUUCUCGAGGCUCAGGCAGCCACAGGCUUCCUCACUGACCCAGUGCAGAACAGGCACGUGUCCGUAGCAGAAGCUGUGCAGCUGGGACUGGUGGGGCUGGAGCUGAAGGAGAGGCUGCUUUCUGCAGAGAAAGCUGCUACUGGCUUUGUGGACCCUUACACAGAAGAGAAAAUCUCCCUGUACCAGGCGAUCCAGAAGGAGCUGAUCGGGAGGGAACAAGGCACCCGGCUGCUGGAGGCCCAGAUGGCAACUGGGGGCAUCAUUGACCCAGCCACUGGCCGCCGGCUCCCAGCAGAUGCUGCCUGUGAGAGGGGGUAUUUGGAUGAAGGAUUGAGCCAGCUCCUCUCUGACCCCAGCAGUGAGGACAGCAAAGGGUUCCUCAACCCCAGUACUAUGGAGAGGGUCACUUAUGCGGAGCUGAUGAAGAGGUGCAUUGUUGAUCCGGCCUCAGGCUUCCUUCUCCUGCCCCUGCAAAUCACGUUCGCCGGGCUGGGAGGGAGGGUGAGCAGCAAGGAUCUGCUGGAUUCUGGCAUCAUCAGCCCUGACGUGUUCAGAGACCUCGAGGAGGGAAGAGUUUCUGCCCAGGCAGUGGGAGAUAACGACUCCAUUCAGCAGUUCCUGUGUGGGACGAGGAGCGUGGCCGGUGUCGUCCUGCCUUCUGGUGAGCGGAGAAGCCUUUACCAGGCCCUGAGAGAGCAUCUCCUCGUGCCUGGUGCUGCUCUGAUGCUCCUGCAAGUUCAGGCCUCCACCGGCAGCCUGACAGACCCCAUAAAGAACAAAAGCUACUCAGCUGAUGAGGCUGUCAGGGUCGGUCUUGUCGGCCCAGAGCUUCAUGAGAAGCUAUCUUCAGCUGAGAGGACCAUCACUGGAUACAGGGACCCCUGCACUGGAGAAAUGCUCUCUCUGUUCCAAGCCAUCAGGAAGGGCUUCAUCCCCAAGGAUCAUGGCAUUUGCCUUCUGGAGGCUCAGAUGGCCACGGGAGGUAUAAUUGCUCCAGGCAGGCACCUCCGUGUCCCCACAGAGACAGCUUGCAAGUGGGGGUACCUGGAUGAGGCCACAAAACAGCUCCUCUCCAGCCCUACUGCUGCCACAAAAGGGUUCUUAGACCCCAGCUCCAAGGAGAAGGUGACCUACACAGACCUGCUCAAGCGCUGUGUCACCGAUCCCGAGACGGGGCUCCUGCUGCUGCCGCUUGCUGGAGACGGCCGAGGAGGAUCUGAGGGAAUGCACCGCUUCCUUGACCAUAAGACCCAGACAGCUCUGGAAAACACACAGGUGCCUAUUGCUGUGGGUAAAUUCAAGGGAAAGUCGGUGUCUCUCUGGAAACUCCUCUUCUCAGACUACGUGCAGAGCGAGCGGAGGGCUGCCCUCACCCAGCAGUACCUGGCAGGGACGCUGCCUCUGCAGGACUUGGCUGAGGCAGUCAGUGCCACCAUCGAGGAGACAGCUGCCACUGCCAACCUCACCUUCGAAGGGCUGAGGGAGCAGGUGACAGCUGACCAGCUCCUGAGCUCUGAAAUCAUCAACAAAGAUUUGUUUCACAAGCUGAAGGAGGGAGAAACAUCAGCCAAAGAAGUUGUCAGCAUGGACACCGUCAAGAAGUACCUGCAAGGGACAGGCAGCAUCGGCGGGCUGCUGCUCCCUGACUCCCAGGAGAAGAUCAGCAUCUACCAGGCAAAGCGGAAAGGCCUUUUAAGGCCAGGGACAUCGCUGAUCCUGCUGGAGGCUCAGGCUGCCACUGGAUUUAUUAUUGACCCAGCUGCCAACAAAAGGUAUUCCGUGGAUGAGGCUUUAAGAGCGAACGUCAUCGGCCCGGAUGUUUAUGACAAGCUGCUGGCUGCAGAGAAAUCGGUCACGGGCUACAGAGACCCUUACUCAGGGAACAAGAUCUCGCUGUUCCAGGCCAUGCAGAAGGAUCUGAUCGUGAAGGACCACGGCAUCCGGCUGCUGGAGGCCCAGAUCGCCACGGGCGGCAUCAUUGACCCGGUGCACAGCCACCGCAUCCCCGUGGAGGUGGCCUACCGGCGCGGCUACUUCGACAAGAAGAUGAACCUAAUCCUCUCUGACCCCAGCGACGACACCAAGGGCUUCUUCGACCCCAACACCCACGAGAACCUGACCUACCUGCAGCUGAAGGAGAAGUGCAUCACCGAGCCCUCCACGGGGCUGUGCCUCCUGCCCCUGAACAGCAGGAAGCGUCAGUUCAUCGACGAGAGCACCAGGAGGGUGUUCAGGAGCUCCUGGCUGCCCGUCAGGUUUGGGCGCUUACGGGGGGAGAGGGUGUCUGUGUGGGACCUGCUCAACUCCGAGUACUUCAGCGAGGGGAGACGCAGGGAGAUCUUCAACCACUACCAGCUGAAGAAGCUCAGCCUGGAGCAAAUUCGAAGCAUGUUAGAGGAGGAAAUGAAGAAAUGGUUCCCCGUCAAGUUUCCAGCCAUGAGAGGCAGCGUCAGCGCUUACCAUCUGAUGGAAACGGGCGUCAUCGACAAGACCCUGUUUGAGAAGGUGCUGGAGGGAUCCGUCACGCCAGAGCAAGUCUUGCACAUGGACUCUGUCAGGAAGUACCUCUAUGGCUCUGGAAGCAUUGGGGGAAUUGUACUGCAGCCAUCAAACCAGAGGAUCAGCAUUUACGAGGCCAUGAAGCAAAACAUUGUGGUGCCAGGAGUAGCCCUCCCACUGCUGGAGGCACAGGCUGCCACAGGCUUCAUCAUCGACCCGGUGAACAACCAGAAGCUCUGCGUGGAUGAUGCCAUGAAGGAGGGAGUCAUUGGGCCAGAAGUCCACGAGAAGCUGCAGCACGCGGAAGGGGCUGUAACAGGCUUUAAGGAUCCUUUCACAGGCAAGAAGAUACCCCUCUUCCAGGCGAUGAAGAAGGGCCUGAUCGCAGACCAGCAGGCCAUGCAGCUGAUGGAGGUGCAGAUGGCUACAGGAGGCAUCAUUGACCCAACCUGUGGCCACUAUAUCCCUGUAGAAUCUGCCCAGAAGCGAGGGUGCCUGGAUGAGGACACGAGCAAGGCCCUUUCUGAGCCCAGCGACAACAACAGAGCCUUCUGCAUCCCAGACAGCAAAGAGACCGUGACCUAUGCCGAGCUAAUCAAGCGCUGCCAGAGGGACGAGAUCUCCGGCUUCCACUUGCUGCCUCUGUCACAGGCAGCUGCUCCUGCCUACACCGAUGAGCAAAUCCAACAGAUCUUCAAGGAAACCGUGGUGAAGGAAAAAGGAAUCUCCCUCUGGGAGCUAAUCCACUCUGGGUAUUUUGCCGAGGAGCAGAGGAGUGACUUCGUGGAGAGGUUCCGCUCCAAGGAGCUGUCGCUGCAGCAGCUGGUUGCUCUUGUGCUCAGGCUGGUUGGGGAGAUGGAGAUGAAAGCUCGCACCCAGAUCAGCUUGGAGGGCCUGCGGGGCAGCGUCCCUGCUGUCUGGCUGCUGGACACUGGCAUCAUUACUGAGAAGACCUUUGAGGAGCUGGCUCAGGGCGUAAGGACACCCGAGGAAGUGGCUGCGAUGGAGAGUGUGAAGAGGUACUUGCAGGGCACGGGCAGCAUCGCCGGGGUGUUCAUAGAGGCAUCCAAAAAGAAGAUGAGCUUUUAUGAUGCCAUGAAAAACAACCUUCUCCUCCCUGGGGCUGCUCUGAGGCUACUGGAAGCUCAGGCAGCCACAGGAUACCUAACUGACCCAGCCACAAAGCAGAGGCUCAGUGUGAGGGAUGCAGUGAAAGCGGCUGUUGUCGGCGAAGAGCUCACCGAGAAACUGCUGCUGGCUGAGAGGGCAGUGACUGGCUACAAGGACCCCUACACAGGGAGCUCCAUCUCACUGUGUCAAGCGCUCAGGAAAGAGCUGAUUCCCCUGGGAGAUGCUGUUCCCUUGCUAGAGGCCCAGCUGGCCACAGGAGGGGUCAUCGAUCCCAUUCACCACCAUCACCUUCCGCUCCAGGCUGCCUGCAGAUACGGCUUCUACGACGAGGAGCUGAACCAAACCCUCUCUCAGCUGAAUGACACCACCAGAGUAUUUGUUGAUCCAAACACCAAGGAGAACGUGACCUACCAGCAGCUGAAGGACAGGUGCAUUCAGGAGCCCGAGUCAGGUCUCUGGCUCCUUCCUCUGUCGGAGGACGCGAUGUUCUGUGUGGAUGACCAGACCAUGGAGGUGUUGAAAUCUGUGACGGUAUGUGUCAACAUUGGGCGGUUCAAAGGACAGACGGUGUCAGUCUGGGACCUUCUCAACUCGGAAUACCUCUCGGAUGGCAAGAGAAGAGAGCUGGUGCAAAAGUACAAGGAUGAGAACUCUGAAGCGCUACAUGAAAUCGUCACGAUUGUCACCACUAUCAUCAAAGAGACUGAGACACAGGGCAAGAAAUUCGCCUUCAAGGGCCUGAGGAAAAAGGUGUCUGCCAGCGACCUCUUCCAGUCUCAACUGAUAGACAAAAAGACCCUCGAUGAGCUCAACCAGGGGAAGAAAACUGUAAAGGAAGUCACUGAAAUGGACUCUGUCCGCAGGUACCUGGAGGGCAGCAAUUUCAUAGCCGGGGUCCUUAGACAACCAAGCAAUGAGAAGAUGAGCAUCUACCAGGCUAUGAGGAAGGGCAUCCUGAGGCCAGGGACAGCCCUGGUGCUGCUGGAGGCACAGGCUGCCACCGGCUACAUCAUCGACCCGGAGAAAAACCAGAAGCUGUCGGUGGAGGAAGCGUUAGCUGCAGGUCUGAUCGGAGGGGAGAUCUUUGAAAAGCUGCUCUGUGCGGAGAGGGCCGUGACGGGCUACACCGACCCCUACACUAAAGCCCCAAUGUCUCUGUUUGAAGCUAUGAACCAAGGGCUGAUUGUGAAGAGCCACGGCAUCCGGCUGCUGGAGGCCCAGAUCGCCACGGGCGGCAUCAUCGACCCGGUGCACAGCCACCGUGUCCCGGUUGAAGUGGCCUACCGGCGUGGCUACUUCAAUGAGGAGAUGAACCAGAUCCUGUCCGACCCCAGCGAUGACACCAAGGGCUUCUUUGACCCCAACACCCACGAGAACCUGACCUACAUGCAGCUCCUGGAGAGAUGUGUCCAAGAUCCAGAGACUGGAUUGUAUAUGCUACAGGUCGUUCAGAAAGGAGGAAAGUACUUCUACAUUGAUGAGGCUACAAAGCAGGCUUUGCACUCAAAGCUCCUUGAAAUGAAAGUUGGAAAGUUUAAGGACCAGACGGUUUCUGUCUGGGAAAUCCUCUGCUCUCAUUACAUCUCCGAGCAGAAAAGGAAAGAGCUGGUGCUGCAGUACAAAUGCAAAACCCUGACACUGGAAGAGCUUAUAGCCCUCAUCACCAAAAUAAUUGAGGACACAGAGCAAAGCACAGAAGCCCUGAAGGUUCCAGGACUCCGGGGGAAUGUGUCAGUGUCAGAACUGUUUGACUCUGAGAUAAUUGACAAGAAGACUCUGGAUCAGCUGCGAGAUGGGAGCCUGACGCUUGCCAGCCUCACAAAGAGGGACAACGUCAAAAGGUACUUGGAUGGCACUGGGUGCAUUGCUGGGGUUCUACUCCCAUCGAGGAAGGAGAAGAUGAGCAUCUAUCAGGCCCUGCAGAAGAACCUCCUCACAGAGCAAUGUGCACUGGGGCUGCUGGAGGCACAGGCUGCCACUGGUUUUAUCAUUGACCCCCUGAAAAAUAAGAAGCUAUCUGUGGAAGAGGCCGUCUCAUCCGGACUGGUGGGCAAGGAGCUGCACAAGAAGCUCCUGUCAGCAGAGAAAGCUGUGAUAGGAUACAUAGACCCUCAAACGGGCAACAACAUCUCCCUGUACCAGGCUGUAAUGCAGAAGGUAACGGUCAGGGAGCACGGCAUCCGGCUGCUCGAGGCCCAGAUCGCCACCGGUGGCAUCAUCGACCCCCUGCACGGCCACCGCAUCCCGGUCCAGGUGGCCUACCGGCGCGGCUACUUGGAUGAGGAGAUGUUCCUCCUGCUUUCAGAUCCAGAUCAUGGUGUCAAAGGUUUCAUAGAUCCAAACACUCGUGAGAAAAUCAGUUACAGCCAGCUCCUGCAGAGGUGUGCCAAAGACAGCGACACUGGGUUGUACCUGCUGCAGGUCAUGGAGAAGGAAGACAACUAUUUCUACAUCGAUGAGAAAACCAAGAAUGCCCUGUUGUCUACAAAGGUACAAGUGCCGUUUGGGAAGUACAAAGGAGAGGUGUUGUCACUGUGGGAACUUCUCUGUUCCGAGUACAUCACGGAGGAGAAAAGAAAAGAACUGGUGAAGAAGUAUAAAGAGGAAUCCCAUCGCGUUAUCCAAAACAUCAUUCACAUCAUCCUGACCAUCAUCAAAGAAAAAGAGGAGGACAGAAGUGACGUCUGGUUCCAAGGGAUCAGACAGCAAAUAACAGCAUCAGAGCUGCUGAGUGCAGAGAUAAUUACAGAAGAAACGAUGGAAAAACUCAACAAGGGAACAGAGACGGUACAGGAAAUAGCACAAAUGGACAAGGUGAAAAGAUACCUUGAGGGAACAGGAACCAUCGCUGGCGUGCUGGUGCCCUCCAAGGACAACCCCGGCAAGAUGGAAAAGAUGAGCAUCUACCAGGCCAUGUGGAAGGGCAUCCUGAGGCAGGGCACGGCCCUGGUGCUGCUGGAGGCACAGGCUGCCACCGGCUUUGUCGUUGACCCGCUCAAUAACAAGAAGCUCUCUGUGGACGAGGCUGUCUCGUCGGGGCUGGUGGGCAGUGAGCUACAGAAAAAACUUCUUUCCGCAGAGAGAGCAGUGACAGGCUACACCCACCCAUACACAGGACAAAAGAUCUCGCUGUUCCAGGCCAUGAAGAAGGAUCUGAUCGUGAAGGAGCACGGCAUCCGGCUGCUGGAGGCCCAGAUCGCCACGGGCGGCAUCAUCGACCCGCUGCACAGCCACCGCGUCCCGGUCGAGGUGGCCUACCGGCGCGGCUACUUCGACCAGGAGAUGAGCCAGGUGCUGUCGGACCCCAGCGACGACACCAAGGGCUUCUUCGACCCCAACACCCACGAGAACCUGACCUACAUGCAGCUCCUGCGCCGCUGCGUGCCCGACCCGGAGACGGGGCUGCUGAUGCUGCAGCUGACGGACAAGGGCUCGGUGCUGCACCAGCUGACCGAGGACGCCCGCAAAGCCCUGCAGGCCGCCCGCACCAGCCUGAGCGUGGGGCUGUUCCAGGGCCAGAGCGUCACCGUCUGGGAGCUGCUCUUCUCCCGCUACGUCCCCGAGCACCAGCGCCAGGAGCUGCUGAGGAAAUACAAGGCAGGGUCGGUCACCAUCCCGGAGCUGAUCGCCAUCCUCACCGCCAUCGUCACUGAGGCUGAGGGCCAGGGCCACGGCACUACUGUGCUCAGCCAGUCAUUGCAGAAGGAGGCCCCAAGGACAGCCCAGAAUGGAGAGGCCACAGGGUCUGGGCAGGAGCAGGAGCGGGAGCUGGAGCUGGAACGGUCCCUCAGGUCCCACACCAUCGAGGUGUCAGCCCAGGAGUUCCAGGGCAGGAAGGUGUCUCUCUGGGAGCUCCUCUUCUCCAAGUACAUCAGUGAGGCAAAGAGGCAGGAGCUGCUGGGGCAGGCCCGUACCAGGAGCCUGUCUCUAGAGGAGCUGGCGAGGCAGCUGCGUGUCCUGGUCCAGGAGGCGGUGGAGCGCAGCAGCAAGGUGAAGUUCACGGGCCUCAGGAGGCAGGUGACCGCCUCGGACCUGCUGGACUCGGGCAUCAUCGACAAGGACACGCUGGCCGAGCUGGUGCAGGGCUCCAGGACGGUGCAGGAGGUGACGCAAAUGGCCUCGGUCAAGCGCUACCUGGACGGCACGGGCUGCAUCGCCGGCGUGCUGGUGCCGUCCAAGGACGACCCCGGCAAGAUGGAGAAGAUGAGCAUCUACCAGGCCAUGUGGAAGGGCAUCCUGAGGCAGGGCACGGCCCUGGUGCUGCUGGAGGCACAGGCUGCCACCGGCUUUGUCGUCGAUCCCCUCAGCAACCAGAAGCUGUCGGUGGACGAGGCCGUCUCGUCGGGGCUGGUGGGCACCGAGCUGCACGACAAGCUGCUGUCGGCUGAGAGGGCCGUGACGGGCUACACCGACCCCUACACAGGCGAGCAGAUCUCGCUGUUCCAGGCCAUGCAGAAGGAUCUGAUUGUGAAGGAGCACGGCAUCCGGCUGCUGGAGGCCCAGAUCGCCACGGGCGGCAUCAUCGACCCGCUGCACAGCCACCGCGUCCCGGUCGAGGUGGCCUACCGGCGCGGCUACUUCGACCAGGAGAUGAGCCAGGUGCUGUCGGACCCCAGCGACGACACCAAGGGCUUCUUCGACCCCAACACCCACGAGAACCUGACCUACAUGCAGCUCCUGCGCCGCUGCGUGCCCGACCCGGAGACGGGGCUGCUGAUGCUGCAGCUGACGGACAAGGGCUCGGUGCUGCACCAGCUGACCGAGGACGCCCGCAAAGCCCUGCAGGCCGCCCGCACCAGCCUGAGCGUGGGGCUGUUCCAGGGCCAGAGCGUCACCGUCUGGGAGCUGCUCUUCUCCCGCUACGUCCCCGAGCACCAGCGCCAGGAGCUGCUGAGGAAAUACAAGGCAGGGUCGGUCACCAUCCCGGAGCUGAUCGCCAUCCUCACCGCCAUCGUCACUGAGGCUGAGGGCCAGGGCCACGGCACUACUGUGCUCAGCCAGUCAUUGCAGAAGGAGGCCCCAAGGACAGCCCAGAAUGGAGAGGCCACAGGGUCUGGGCAGGAGCAGGAGCGGGAGCUGGAGCUGGAACGGUCCCUCAGGUCCCACACCAUCGAGGUGUCAGCCCAGGAGUUCCAGGGCAGGAAGGUGUCUCUCUGGGAGCUCCUCUUCUCCAAGUACAUCAGUGAGGCAAAGAGGCAGGAGCUGCUGGGGCAGGCCCGUACCAGGAGCCUGUCUCUAGAGGAGCUGGCGAGGCAGCUGCGUGUCCUGGUCCAGGAGGCGGUGGAGCGCAGCAGCAAGGUGAAGUUCACGGGCCUCAGGAGGCAGGUGACCGCCUCGGACCUGCUGGACUCGGGCAUCAUCGACAAGGACACGCUGGCCGAGCUGGUGCAGGGCUCCAGGACGGUGCAGGAGGUGACGCAAAUGGCCUCGGUCAAGCGCUACCUGGACGGCACGGGCUGCAUCGCCGGCGUGCUGGUGCCGUCCAAGGACGACCCCGGCAAGAUGGAGAAGAUGAGCAUCUACCAGGCCAUGUGGAAGGGCAUCCUGAGGCAGGGCACGGCCCUGGUGCUGCUGGAGGCACAGGCUGCCACCGGCUUUGUCGUCGAUCCCCUCAGCAACCAGAAGCUGUCGGUGGACGAGGCCGUCUCGUCGGGGCUGGUGGGCACCGAGCUGCACGACAAGCUGCUGUCGGCUGAGAGGGCCGUGACGGGCUACACCGACCCCUACACAGGCGAGCAGAUCUCGCUGUUCCAGGCCAUGCAGAAGGAUCUGAUUGUGAAGGAGCACGGCAUCCGGCUGCUGGAGGCCCAGAUCGCCACGGGCGGCAUCAUCGACCCGCUGCACAGCCACCGCGUCCCGGUCGAGGUGGCCUACCGGCGCGGCUACUUCGACCAGGAGAUGAGCCAGGUGCUGUCGGACCCCAGCGACGACACCAAGGGCUUCUUCGACCCCAACACCCACGAGAACCUGACCUACAUGCAGCUCCUGCGCCGCUGCGUGCCCGACCCGGAGACGGGGCUUUAUUUCCUUAACAUUUUGGGAAAGGAACUCGUAAAGGCCAUCUGCCUUUCUAACAGCCGAGAGACGAGGCUGGCUGCAGCUGGGCGGCAGCCCCAGCAGCCCAGCAUCACGGAUGCAGAUCCUGACGUGACACAGACUGUCCCGUCCUGCCUCCUGCCUGCCUCGUGCAGCCCCUCGAGGGCCCGCAGAGCCCCCCACGUGUGGGGCACGGAGCUGAAACAGCCGCUGCCGUCCCGCUGCUCCCGCAGCCGCUCACGCAGCUGCCUGCUGGUCCGGGCUGAGAAGUGGCUGGAGGAGCAGGAGCAGGAGCAGGAGCAGAGGAGCCAGCCGCUCCGGAUCCGCGCCCGGCAGCAGGACUAUUCCCCUGAGAAAACGCAGAGGAUGAGUGGACCUCCUCAGAACAACAAGUCAAGUGACACGGGGAGUAACGUGACUGCAGGCAGACACAAAGAGAUGGGCGAGGGUGGGAGCAACUUCAUAGCUGGAGUCUUCAUCCAGGCCGUGAAUAAGAAGAUGAGCAUCUAUGAUGCCAUGAUGAGAGGGCUCCUGACACCAGGCACAGCGCUGGUGCUGCUGGAGGCACAGGCUGCUUCAGGCUUUGUCGUCGAUCCCGUGAGGAACCAGAAGCUGUCGGUGAAAGAGGCGCUGGCUGCAGGGCUCGUGGGCAGAGAUUUCUAUGAGAAGCUGCUGUCUGCAGAGGGAGCAGUGACAGGGUACACGGAGCCCUACACAGGACACAAGAUCUCCCUGUUCCAGGCCAUGAAGGAAGGCUUCAUCGUAAAGGAACACGCCGUGCGCCUGCUGGAGGCCCAGAUCGCCACGGGCGGCAUCAUCGACCCGCUGCACAGCCACCGCCUCCCGGUCGAGGUGGCCUACCGGCGCGGCUACUUCGACCACGAGAUGUGCCAGGUCUUGUCCAACCCCAACAGUCAAGCAAGAAGUUGCUUCGACCCCAACACCCACGAGAACCUGACCUACAUGCAGCUCCUGCGCCGCUGCGUGCCCGACCCGGAGACGGGGCUGCUGAUGCUGCAGCUGACGGACAAGGGCUCGGUGCUGCACCAGCUGACCGAGGACGCCCGCAAAGCCCUGCAGGCCGCCCGCACCAGCCUGAGCGUGGGGCUGUUCCAGGGCCAGAGCGUCACCGUCUGGGAGCUGCUCUUCUCCCGCUACGUCCCCGAGCACCAGCGCCAGGAGCUGCUGAGGAAAUACAAGGCAGGGUCGGUCACCAUCCCGGAGCUGAUCGCCAUCCUCACCGCCAUCGUCACUGAGGCUGAGAUGGAAACUGGGGACCUGAGCUCAUCCACAGUUACACCCGACACCGAGGUGGAAGUGUCACAACCAGCUCAGGACACACACUCCCAGGAGCAACAGCUGAGAAAGUCCUUAAAGUCUGCAACCAUCUACGUCACUGCUGGUGAGUUCCAGGGGCAAAACAUUUCCUUGCUGGAUCUGCUCUUCUCCAAGUACGUGCCCCAAGAGAAGCGGCAGGAGCUGCUGGAGCUGUACAGAGCAGGGAUACUGACCACAGGACACGUGGCUGCUGUGGUCACCACCAUCAUACACAGGACAGAAGAGGCAAAUGCCACACUCACAGCUACUGCCAGAAGUUCACACACAGCAGUGGCAAGGGUAGAGGAAAAGGGAGAAGUUUCUUCAACACACGAUGCACAACUAGAUAACAUCUUGAAGUCCACAACCAUUGGUGUGCCAGCUGGUGACUUGCAGGAGAAGCAGGUCUGUAUGUGGGAUCUGCUCUCCUCUGACUACAUCCCUGAGGAGAAAAGGCAGCAGCUUCUGGAUCUGUACUAUGAAAGACUAUUAACUCUGGAGCAGCUGGUAACUGUGGUCACCACUCUCAUUAAGAAAAAGGAAUCUACAGGCAGGAAAUUCCUAGUUGCAGUCAAGGCUUCCAACGAGGACACUGUGUCAUCAGCAGGAGAGAAGCAUAAUGACUCCCCCAAAGAAGAGCCAUGGGAAACAGCACUGAAAACCACAGUUGUGGACAUGGAGGUUGGGGAGUUUCAUGGGCACAAGGUGUCUGUGUGGGACCUGCUCCACUCCAAGUAUAUCCCUGAGGAGAACAGAAGGGAGCUCCUGGAGCUGUACCAGGCAGGAGAGUUAACUCUUGAGCAGGUGAAAAGCGUUGUCAGCACCAUUGUAACCAAGGCAGAAGCAGCAAGGGCUGAGCAAUCAGCAAAUGUGAGUGGUCCAAGAGCAGAGCCAGCAGCUGCAAAACCCAAGCACACCCACACCCAGGAGGACAGGAGCUGGGAAGAAGUCCUGAAGUCCACCACAGUCAAGAUGUCAGUGGGUGAGUUCCAGGGGAAGCAGGUCUGUGUGUGGGACCUGCUCUUCUCUGACUACAUCCCUGAGGAGAAGAGACAGGAGCUCCUGGAGCUGUACUGUGCAGGAACAUUGCCUUUGGAGAGGUUAAUAGUUGUCAUCACCACUCUCAUUAGAAAAAAAGAGUCUACAGGCAGGAAAUUCCUAGUUGCAGUCAAGGCUUCCAACAAGGACACUGUGUCAUCAGCAGGAGAGAAGCAUAAUGACUCCCCCAAAGAAGAGCCAUGGGAAACAGCACUGAAAACCACGGUUGUGGACAUGGAGGUUGGGGAGUUUCAUGGGCACAAGGUGUCUGUGUGGGACCUGCUCCACUCCAAGUAUAUCCCAGAGGAGAACAGAAGGGAGCUCCUGGAGCUGUACCAAGCAGGAGAGUUAACUCUUGAGCAGGUGAAAAGCGUUGUCAGCACCAUUGUAACCAAGACAGAAGCAGCAACAGCUGAGCAAUCAGCAAAUGUGAGUGGUCCAAGAGCAGAGCCAGCAGCUGCAGAACCCAAGCACACCCACACACAGGAGGACAGGAGCUGGGAAGAGAUCCUCAAGUCCACCACAGUCAAGAUGUCAGUGGGUGAGUUCCAGGGGAAGCAGAUCUGUGUGUGGGACCUGCUCUUCUCUGACUACAUCCCUGAGGAGAAGAGACAGGAGCUCCUGGAGCUGUACUGUGCAGGAACAUUGCCUUUGGAGAGGUUAAUAGUUGUCAUCACCACUCUCAUUAGAAAAAAAGAGUCUACAGGCAGGAAAUUCCUAGUUGCAGUCAAGGCUUCCAACAAGGACACUGUGUCAUCAGCAGGACAGCAGGACGACCACUCCCCCAAAGAAGAGCCAUGGGAAACAGCACUGAAAACCACGGUUGUGGACAUGGAGGUUGGGGAGUUUCAUGGGCACAAGGUGUCUGUGUGGGACCUGCUUCACUCCAAGUAUAUCCCUGAGGAGAACAGAAGGGAGCUCCUGGAGCUGUACCAAGCAGGAGAGUUAACUCUUGAGCAGGUGAAAAGCGUUGUCAGCACCAUUGUAACCAAGACAGAAGCAGCAAGGGCUGAGCAAUCAGCAAAUGUGAGUGGUCCAAGAGCAGAGCCAGCAGCUGCAGAACCCAAGCACACCCACACACAGGAGGACAGGAGCUGGGAAGAAGUCCUGAAGUCCACCACAGUCAAGAUGUCAGUGGGUGAGUUCCAGGGGAAGCAGAUCUGUGUGUGGGACCUGCUCUUCUCUGACUACAUCCCUGAGGAGAAGAGACAGGAGCUCCUGGAGCUGUACCAUGCAGGAACACUCACCACUCAGGAACUGGCCAGCACCACCAGCAGUAUUGUGAGAGACAGCCAAGAAAGGCAGCUUUCAGCCCUUCCCCAGGAGACAGUGGAUCUCCUCCAGCAUGAGGGCUCCUACAUUACUUUUGGCCAGUUCCAGGAGCAGAGGGUGUCGGUGUGGGAGCUCCUCUCCACCAAGCAAGUCUCAGAGUACAAGCGGGAGGCACAUCUCGACACUUACGGCACCGGGGGGCUGACUGUGAACAAGAUCACCAUCACCACCACCGUCAUCACAGGCCCACAGCGUAGCAAGAGAUGCCAGCAGGACCACUGA